UUCAUUUAUCGAGCACAUCAGAGUAGAUUCCUUGUAGUCAUUCGAGUUCUUCCUUUUAGAAGCAGCUACAAGAUUUUUGAAAAAUACUGAAGUUAUUUUCGGAUUCUUGUCUCUUUUAUCGAGCGCUAACUUCACUGGUUCACGCCAACAUGAAGCUCCUCCUUCCCUAGAUGACUCUGACCGCCGUGGCCCUCUUCGGUCUCCCGGAAGCUACCGGCCAUGAUCAAUGCGUAUGCCCAUUUGGCUGGAGCAGAUUUACCGGUAGCUGCUAUCGAUAUUUUUCGCGAAAAGUCAGCUGGCAAGCCGCUCAAAACGAAUGCCGAGGCUUGGGGGCGAACCUCGUCUCGAUUCAUGACCGAGCCGAGAACACCUUCGCUUACUCACUCAUUGUUAUCGACGGUUGUAAUGCGUACACGAUGCAUGGCGAAAAUGGGUAUGCUUGGAUCGGAUACCAUCAACCACGUGGACCCUUUGCAUGGUCUGACGGUUCUUCUCUCGGUUACGAGAAUUGGCGCAGGGGUCAGCCGGAUAACUACAACUACGGAUAUGCCACAGAGGACUGCGCUCACUUGCGCUCCGAUCCGGCAGGAUCGUGGAACGAUUUCACCUGCAACAAACGAAUCGGAUAUAUUUGCAAGAAGUCCACAGCUUAGCCGGUUCACCAUAUCCGAACCUCCACCCCCCCCCCUCAAAAAAAAAAAGGCCUAUAUAAGAAACAAAAUGUCAGCAUCUUGUUCUGUUAUGUCACUUUUUUGUCAGUUCAUGUAACUUUGAAACAGUAUGUCCUUCUAUAAUGCCUUAAUUGUUCGAAAUAUGAGAUUCCAAUUUUUAAAUGUCAGGUUUAUGUUAGAACAAUGGGCCGAUUAUCAUUACAAAAGAAGUGUUCCCUGAAAAGGUGUUGCCCAUUCAAAUUCCCUUGUAUCCGAAUGAUGAGCUUCUUAUUUGUAAAGGUCAGUGUUCCCUCAGUUGUUAAUUUUUCAAGAAUAUGCCUACUACGCCUAAUACUCCGAAUACUCCGAUGUCCAAACAUUGGUCGGUUUGGAGUCGGUAUAUAGUAGGUUCGGCUGUGCGAUCGAUUAUCGUAUCUCGGUUUUACCAGCAAACCGACCGAUUAUUGGCCAUUGGAGGUUAUUUAUUUUGUUGACUACUCUCCAUUGCCGGUUAAACAAAAUUAUCGUUGGUGUGUCGAAUACCUCUGUCAUACCAGCUAGACCGUCGCCAGACAGAACGAACCAAAAUUACAUUACCCUUAUUGACUAAACAUCAUCGGUUUGAAGUCGGUUCGGCAGUUAGUCUGGGGUUUCGGACAUAUUGGUCCUCCUGCUACUUUAUUGUUAAUCAUAAUUUAGUGCGGAGUGCAAUAUUAAUAUUCUAAUGUGACACAAUUGCUUAUUGUUCUUUUUCUUUGGUUUGUUCAUUCUUCUUCUUCCUUCUUUGUCCUCCCUUUAUUGUAAAUCAUAUUUAGUGCGUAGUGCAAAAUUAUUAUUGUAAUGUGACAAAAUUGCUAAUUGUUCUUCUUUUUCUUUUUCCUCCCUUUAUUGUAAAUCAUAUGUAAGUGUGUAGUGCACAAUUAUUUGUUUAAUGUGACACAAUUACUUAUUUUUCUUUUUGUUCUUUUUAUCUUCUUUUUCUUCUUCUUCAUCUUUUUCAAUUUCCUCCAGUGGGUAUCAUAGAGCCCUCCAAGCUGCCAGUAACUAUUUCAACAUUCCGUUUUGUUCGAGUUUAACAUAAUUUCUUACGAUAGAACAUACGCUAUCAUCAUAAUUUACCAUACUAUUUCAUUUAUUCCUUUAGUUACUUUUUUGGUUCACUUCCAUUAAAAUAGAUUA